AUGGCUAACCAAGACGAUACCCAUGCCGCGAAUGAAUCACGUAAUAAUGUUGAAAAAGAAAUCAAACGAGGAUUGACUGUUAUGAAGUCAAUCAUUCGUGCAAGAGACAAGGGUGUAAAAUUUGAAGUGCAUUGGAGUGCUGAAGACCAACUAAUUGAGCCUAACGGUUCAAUGUUGGCAAGUUACAUUGGUUUCCUUGUUCGACAACAUAUUCCGAUUACAUGUGAUAAUUGGAGAAGUCCGGACUUGAAGGUUGGCAAGGAAAAAAUAUGGUCGGAGAUACAGAGAUCCUUUCACAUCGAUGAAAGCCGGCAAAAAUAUUGUAUUCAAUUGGCCGGAAAAAGACUCUGAGGAUUUCGAUCCUUUUUGUGCAACAAAUUUCUCAAGGAUGAGGAAGGAAAAUUUGUUGAAGGAG